AUGAGGUAGGUUGAUUCAACUAUACCACUUUAGAAAUCAGAAAUUUGGGAUAUAGAAUUACAAAAAGUAUAAAUUGUAUAUUAUAUUAGAUGACUGUUAUUUAGAAAUAGAUAGAAAUUCCAAAAUACAUGAUUAUUGAAAGUGUUGCUUAAAGAAUUCAUUAAAUUCCUCUAAACUAUAUUCAUACAAAUAUAGUUUAUCCUGAUGAGAAUGAAUAUUCUUGUGAUGAAGAAGAUUGUAUAGCUGGGAUUGAUUCAAAUGCAAUUUAAUAAUUGGAUAUUAGGAAUAACCUAUCAAAUACUAGGAACUAUGUGCGACAAUAUGAAUUACUAAAUUCUUUGAAUUAUUCUGCUGAUUAUUAUAAUGAAAAGGUUCAAAGAUUACAAAGACCCUUAUUAAGAGUAUUUAUGAGAGCUUAAGAAGAUGAGUAAAAUAUCAUUUUUUUAUUGAUCAUUAGUUGUCGUUUCAAUGUUGCUUUUCAUCCCAGUAAGACCUACAAAUAAAAAAGAUUGAAACGACUCAACAUAUAGCUACCUGAAUUUGAUAUUUCUAGAUAAAUCAUCUACAAUGAAAAUCUCAUUUCUCUUCAUCUCAUUUAAUAAAUUAAGCAGCGUGAACUAUUAAAAUUAAAACUAAUUAAAUAAGAAGAAAAACAAUUUAUUAGUAAUUUCAGUAGUUGUUCAGAAAUAUUCAAUACUCUUAAAGAUUUGCGAAUUGCUUUGAAAGAAGAAGAACCUACUGAAAUUAAAGAUAAUAGAUCAAAAAUCUUUGAUUCUUGUUAAAUUAAUGAAUGUGCUUAUUAAUUCAAUAUUCCAAUGAUCUCUUUACCUGUUAUAGAGUUUAUGGAUGAAUAAUAUUAAUCAAUAAAAGAAAAACAAAUAAUAUGGCCUAAAAAUCCAAGUGUACUCUCAGAUUGGAAUAUUAAUAAUUAUACUAAAAUUGGGGUAUUUUAAUAUAAUAAAUAACUAAUAUAUACUACGAAUGAUCGUACUUUAUUUAUAUAGGAUAGAACUAAAAAGAACAAAAAAAAAAUUAAAUUGAUGCUUGUUGAUCGUAAUCGAGCCUCAGUAUUUGAUGGUAUAAGGGCUGAUUAUGAUCAUUAUUAUUCUCAUUAUUAGAAAUAAUAAUCAAAGAUUGAAUAAUUUAUAGAUUUAUAAAAAAAAGAGAUCCAUAAAUUUAAAUAAGAUUAAGUUAAAAAAGAAUUAAUUAUGAAAAUGCAAUAAAAAAAGGAGGAAGAAAAAUAACUUUUAAAAAUUAGAUUAAAAUUAAAUUAUUCUGAAGAACCAAAGAUAAUUAAAACAGUAAAAAUUAAACAUUCAGAUAAUCUAGUAUUUAGAUUAGUUAAAGAUAAUAAUGCUGAUGAUAAUAACUGUUAGAUUAUCUUAAAAUGA